AUGGGUGAAAGAGAAAAGAAGAGAAAAGAAAAUAAAAGAAAAGAAAGAAAGAUGUCAGUGAAGAACUCAAAGAUUGUAAUGGGUGAGGAAGAUGAGGAAGAAGAUGAAGACUAUGAUGACGAAGAAGUCGUGGUCGUUCAGACACUACCAAAGAAUCAUUCUUAUCAAAAGUUGGAUCAUAUUGCUACUGCUGAACUAUCAACAACAACAACAUCUACAACAACAAAUACAAAUAUAAAUGCAAAUACAACAACAACUACUGCACAACCAUUAUCAUCAUCACAAACAUUGGAAUUCAAUGCUAAUAAUAUUACUACUACCUCACCAACUACUACAACAACAACAACAACAGCAACAACAACCAAUAAUGAAAAUAUAAAAUUAAAUAAUAAUAAUAAUGUAAAUGAAACAACAGAAAAUAAUAAGAGCCAACAAGAUGUAAUAACAGAGAAAAAGAAUGAAAACAAUAAUUAUAAUUUAUCAACAUCGAUAUCUUCGAUAAAGCCUGUUUUGACAACAUCUACAUCUUCUUUGACUGCCGUUGCUGCUGCUACUGCGGUCUCUGCUAGACCAUCAUCAUCGUCACUAUCGUCGUCGUCUUCUUCUUCUUUAUCACAAUUUUCAAAGCCAUCACCAUCCUCUCAAACUAGAACACCACUGAGUCUUGGUGAGGGAAAAUUAAAGGAAUUAAAUGAAUCAUUAAGAAAGAGUUACACUGCAAGAACACAUGCUACUUAUUAUCUUAUAAAUAAAGAAUUAUCUAUUACAAACAGUAGCUUAUCGUCUAUUUUAGAUAUAACAAAGAGUAUUCAACAAAAUAUUAGACAAUAUAACGAUGAUAUAGCAAGUCUUAAUGAAAAAUUAGAACAAACUGAAUGGUCUUUACAUUGCUAG